AUGCCACGCAAAAACCGAGCCGCCAAACCCAAGUCUGAACCUCAAUCGAAUUCGCCAACUGAGUCGGAACCUGGAGCGCAACUCUGCGAAAGCCAAACAAGCACACAAUCACAAUCUGAUUCCUACGAAGAAGAUCUGGGACCCGAAGCCCAGCUCCGAGAAAGCCAGAUAAGCACACAAUCGUGUUCUGACUCCGAUGCUGUGGGCGCAGAACCUAAAGUAGGGUCUCCAGUUGCCUUAAUCGAAGAGGUCCAUGAUAUAUUAGAGAAACAAGAAGAAGCUUUGUCUACUUAUGUUUCACCCCAGGAGUUAGCAUCUCCAACCAGAAACGAUGAGUUAGAGACUGAAGGGGAAAGCGCGCCCGCAUUAAGUGAUCAAGCUGCCCAGAAUUAUGGGUCGAGACAAGAAAAUUCACUUGCUACUGAAAUUAAAACAUCGAGAUCAGGCGCCCGAAUGGAAUUGGACGUCGGAGAUGACCCCCUGCAUAUGUCAAGUGCUGAGGAGCCUCAAAACCCCUUCCUGGAUCCCCCUAUGCAUGCAGCCCAGACCGAAGCCAUUCAAAGUGAGGAGUCAGAUUCGGAUGCCUCGCUCGAUCUCAACGGAGGUGGAAAGCCCAUGUGGUUUGCAAGAAACGAAGUAUUGCGAAAGACAAGUCGGGAGUCAGGUUCUGAUGUCUCACUUGACCUCAAUAAAGGGGGAGAGCCUUCAGGUUUAUUUAAGGACAAAGGGUCGCGAAAAACAAGUCAGGGGUCUGUCAAUCGCAUCACUAAUCCAAGCACGAAACCCCCUGGUCAAUUCGAUCUCGAAUCUGCGUCGCAAAAUCUCCACUCCAACACAGAGAGCCGAGCCGAAAGCGCAGAAUCUGCACCCCCGUCUCCAGCGGCAAAAUACUACAAGGUGGAAACUACCGAGAUGGUCCGUUCAGAAACUACAAGAAUUAUACGAGGCUUCCAGCAAGAAAAGAUACGUAUCGAGACAGUAUUGAAGCCAGAUCCUGAAAUCCACACUUUGCGCAAGAAGGAAGAGGAGUUAGAGGACCAUGAGAUGAUGCUGAGUACUCUUAUUGAUGAAUUGAUGAUUGAGUUGAAGAAGACACGGGGUGAGUUCAAGAAGAUUAGUAGGAGGUACAGAAGAGCCUUGGCAGAUUCUGAAAAGGCGUCGGGCUGA